AUGGCGCGUCUUGCCACACCAAAUGGCCCUCGCAGUGACACAAAUGCGACGCCGAUUCUACCAAACAAUACCAAAACGCAAAAAACUCAAGAUGCCAGCACAAGCACCGACAGUCUGACAGUAGAUUCACCCCCCACUGAAUCACGAGAGCACAACGUCCCAUCCCUCACUACCGAAGUCGUCACAUCAGAAGCUCAGCUCAGAGCAGCCCUCAAACUUGUCGCUUCAUCAGUAGCCCAACAGCGCCAAAUCGCAGCCAGAUCUGUCAUCUUCCACUGGCGUAGCUGGGCGAUCAUGUCCGCUAUAUUCAUCUGCGCCCACCGCACCUGUCUUGGCAAUCCCGCAGACUGGUCUCGAGUCUUCAUGACAUGCAUCGCAGCAAUGAUGACUGGAUUGCUUUUUAUUCGUGCUUGGGUUGCUGAGUACAUCACCGAGGCGGAGCGAGUUGGCACUGCGAAUUGGUUGUUGGGAGAAGAUACAAGUCCGAAUGUUGUGGCCGUUGCCCGCGGUCGGAAGUGGAUGAGCCCAGAAGCACGGAAAGAUAUAUUUGAAGAAGGUGGUGGCCAAGGUGUCGAUAUCGUGCUUGUUACGACGUUUGCAGAGAAAGUCAUCGCCACUGUUGUUCUGAGAAUCGUGGAAAUCGCCAAGGACUGCAACUCAAACUCCCCGAGAGUAAAGCCCGCCAGACUGGGAGUGAAUUAUCUAUCCAACUACGUAGCCUUCAUCCGUGCUUGGACGGUCGAGCAACGUUAUCGUGGUGUUGGUGCUGGAGCGGCUAUCCUACAGGAUACUGCCAUGCUCUGUUUGGAGGGUAAUAUUAAUUCCCUUGCAUUUUCUGAUUUCCACGCCAACUCGCUGCGCAUCCUUCCGGAGACCUUCAAUCACAAUAUGGAUUUGGAUUCUGAUAGAGCGAACAGCUAUCUCAAGGGUUUGCUGCUAGAAGCGGAGAAACGUUUUCAACCCCAUGCUCCACCGAGUCAACUUUGGAGCCAGUUCUAUGCACAAUUUCAAGCAGUUCGUAACAUCGUACCCAACUGA